AUGGCUGCCUCCCCUGUGGUCAGCUGUGUACCUCCAUACCCGUACCAAGUGUUCCUCAAUUUCCGAGGAGAAAUUCGUCAUAAGUUCAUCAGCCACCUAGCUAAGGCCUUGGAAGAUGAAAAUAUCAAGAUCUUCAUAGAUGACAAUGCGGCAAAAGGCGAACAUCUAGAUAUCUUGUUCAAGGAGAUCGAGAAAUCAAGUAUCGCACUGGCAAUCUUUUCCGAAGGGUACACAAAGUCAGAUUGGUGUUUGAACGAGCUAGUUAAGAUAAAAGAACGCAUGGACGAAGGCAAACUCGUGACUAUUCCCAUCUUCUACAUGGUAGAGCCAAAGACCGUUAAACAUCAAGAAGGAGCGUUCGGUGAUGUGUUGAGGAAAAAAAAGCAAAUUGUUGGUGAUGACCAAGUGAACAAAUGGAAGGAGGCUCUACGGUCUGUUUGUGACCACAUAGGCUUCCCUUUCGACGGAAAGAGCAGCGAGAACCAGUUCAUUGUAAAAAUAGUCGAAGGGGUUUUAAAACAGUUAGGCACCAUUUCAUCAGACGAAAGCACAAAGAGUUCCUUGGAUCCUUCGCAAAACACUGAAGCUCCCUUAGAAGAUGCAGAAACAGAGAUUUUCGGGCUCAAACAACGGCUUGAGGAAUUGAAUUACAAGGUCAAGGGAGCCGAGACUCGUAUUAUCGGAGUUGUUGGGAUGCACGGCAUUGGCAAGACCACUCUCGUAGAGAAGUUCUACGAGGAGAAGCAACACAAGUUCUGUAGUCAUUGCUUACUCCAAGAUAUAGGUGAGAUUGUAAAGGUUGACCACAACUUGCCAGGGAUGGUCUUGAAGAAGUUGCUAAAUCAUGAUGAAAUAGAAGAAGAGGGAUACGAAUUUUACAAGAAGGAACUACUUGAACAAAAAGUUUUUAUUGUUCUCGAUGGGAUCAAUAGCAAGAAACAGAUUGAAGUUCUACUCGAGGGUCACCGUGACUGGGCUUUGAAAGGAAGCAAGAUCGUGAUUGCAACGAGCGACAAGUCAUUGCUACACGAUAUCGUUGAUGAUAUUUAUGUGGUUCCGCAGUUAGACUACAAAGACGGGUUAAAGCACUUUCAUCAUUAUGCCUUUGAGAAUGACAACAAGGAAUCUUUCUUGAAGUUGUCGAAAGAGUUUGUGCAUUACGUGAGAGGCCAUCCACUAACUCUUGAGCUACUGGGUAAAGAGCUUCGUGGGAAAACUUUAGCAUACUGGAAAGAGAAAAUGGAGUCACUUGCAAAAAGUCUAAGCCCUAGUAUUCGAGACCUUGUCUUGCAAGUAAGUUAUGACGAACUAAAUCAAGAACAGAAGGAUGCGUUUCUCGACAUAGCUUGUUUCAGAUCCCAUGAUCUGGUUUAUGUAAAGAGCUUACUGGAUUCAUCUGGUUCUGAAGAGACGAAUAUAAUCAAAGCUCUCACGGAUAAGUUCUUGAUCAAUACUUCUGACCCUAGCCGAGUAGAGAUGCAUGAUCUUCUGUAUACUUUCGCUACAGAGAUUGGCUCGAAAGCUAACGGAAAAGGGCGACAUCAACGCGGCAUAACUAAUGUUCUGCAGAAACCGGGACUCAAUGUCAACGUCAAAGUCAAAGGUAUUUUUCUUGACUUGACUCAAAUCAAAAAGGAAAGGACCUUAGGCAAGGAGCACUUCAAGAAGAUGCGUGAUCUUCGAUACCUAAAGUUCUACAGUUCUCAUUGUCCUCAAGAAUGUGAGCCUAACCAGAGGAUACACAUCCCAGAGAGGCUUGAUUUCCCACUAGAAGAGGUUCGAUGUUUACAUUGGCUGAAAUAUCCAUUGCACGAACUUCCACAAAAUUUCAACCCCAAAAAUCUAGUCGACCUAAAGCUGCCUUACAGCAAAAUUAGACAGAUUUGGAAUGAAGAAAAGGAUGCUCCAAAACUAAAAUGGGUUGAUCUCAAUCACUCAAGUAAGUUAGAGACCUUGUCAGGGCUAUCAAAAGCUGAAAAUCUACAAAGAUUGAACCUUGAAGGCUGCACGGCUCUGAAAGCAUUGGCUCCGUAUAUGCAAAACAUGGGAAGUCUUGUUUUCCUAAAUCUGAAAGGGUGCACGGCCCUCGAGUCUUUUCCUGAUAUCGGAUUGGUACCACUACAAACACUCGUCCUCACUAAAUGCUCAAACCUUAAGAGUUUCUUUAUGAUUUCAGAGACUUUAGAGGCUCUAUACUUGGAUGGCACCGCAAUAACCGAACUUCCUACAACCAUGGUAAAGCUUGUCUUAUUAAACCUGCAAGACUGCAACAAGCUGGAAAAGCUUCCUGAAGGAUUUGACCAGCUGAAAGAUUUACAAGAGCUAGUAUGCUCUGGUUGUUCAAUCCUCAGUUGUCUCCCAGAUUCAAUGGAGAACAUGAAACGCUUGCAGAUUUUACUGCUUGAUGGGACAUCAAUAACAAAGAUUCCUCAGAUAGCCUCACUUGAGCGUUUAUGCUUAAGUGGAAACGAUAACAUCAUCCGUUUGGAUGACAUGAGUCAACUUUAUCAACUGAAAUGGUUGGACUUGAAGUACUGUAAGAAUCUUUUAUCUCUUCCAGAGCUUCCAACAAAUCUUUUGUGCUUAGAUGCACACGGAUGCGGCUCACUGAAAACAGUCGCGGAUCCACUUACUACUCAUAUGCCAAUGGAGCAGAUUCAUUCCACAUUCAUUUUCACCAACUGCAACAAACUGGAUCGAAAUGAAAAAGAGAAAAUCACAACUUAUGCUCAAAGGAAAUGCCAAUUCCUAUCGAGUGCACUAAAACGCUGCAAUGAGGGCUUUGUUCCAGAGGCUUUGUUCAGCACUUGUUUUCCUGGGUGUGAAGUACCUUCAUGGUUUUGUCACCAAGCAGUUGGAUCUGAGUUAAAGAUCAAACUUCCCCCACACUGGAACGAAAAUCAGUUUGUCGGGAUAGCUUUAUGUGUUGUUGUCUCCUUUCGAAACUGCCAAGAACAAAUCAACUCUUUUACCGUUACAUGCAAGUUUAACCUAGAAAGUAAAGAUGGAUCACAUAUCUCCUUCGAUCGCUUGGUUGGACGAUGGAACAAUCAUGGCAACGAGCUAGACAAGAUGGGAUCAGACCAUGUCUUUAUUUGCUACACCAGAUGCUCAAACAACAUAAAAUGUGUUGAAGACCAGCACUCAGGUACAUGUACUCCAACUGCAUCUUCCCUUGAAUUUGGUGUGACAGAUGAGAAAGAUAGACUCGAGGUGCUCAAGUGCGGCUUAAGAUUAGUUUAUGCAUCUGAGGAAUUCCAGAAGAAAAACUCAGAUGUAACUACAAACAAUGAUGCAGAGUUUAACAAAACUUCAAAAAAAGAUGAAGAAAUCGAGCUUCAAGAUUCAACCCCAAUAAGGAAUGUCAGUUUCAGCAGUAAUAUAACAAGUGGAAGUUUAUCUCCCGGUGAAGAGUAUUCCAUUGUCUCGGAUGAAGCACAUCUACAAAUAAAUCCAAUUGCGAGAUGA